UGCAACCGUCUCUGUUCUCUGGGUGCCAGCGGCGCCCGUUGGCACACAGGAAAGUUGAGCUCUACCGCACCACCAGAAAGACAACACCUCGCUCACACCAGAGCGAGAAAGCCCCUCCCACACUCGCGCACGCGCACUGACUUGGAGAAGAACACCCCUCAGCUCCCUUAGAGUCCCCCAUUUGCGCCUGCGCAGAAUAGGUCAAGCCUUCGGCUGAGACCGCGGACCCUGACGUCAUUGACGGCUCGCGGCGCGCGCACGUGAGCGCGCGUGCUCGGAUAAUGUUGAAUUCCUGGAUGUUUCGCGCGGGCCCGCGGCCGAUGCUGCGAGGCUUCACCGUGUUGGCGCGGGCGGAGGGGGCGUGAGACCGCGCUACGGUGGCCGCCGAGGGACGACACUACGGCUCCCACGCUGGGACAAACGCCUUCGGCCCGGCCCGGGCGCGCCCUCCCCUCCGGGCCAGAAUCAGCCGGGGCCAACUGAAGGGCCGCGCGAAGCGACCCAUCUACGGCGGCAUGUGCCUGCCCUGGCGACGCACCCCCGGGGCACAGGUUCAACCGCAGGCCCGGUCCCCAGCGCCGUCGGCCUGCCGCACGGUUCCGGACACCGGCACCGCCACGGAGAGGGCACCGGGUGAGCGGCCGAGGACGGGCGGGGACCGGCCGCGGACCUAAGGGCCGUCUCCACGGCAACGGCGCCCCGACACCGGAAGUGGCGCCCGCAGAGAACGCGGGCUGAGGGCCGGGGUCGCGCGUCGCCUACCGGGUUGUGAGGGCCGUGUCUCCACAUGCCGGGUUAGCGGGCCCUGGAGAGCCGGACCUCCUACUCUGGAGUCCCGUGCGCAGAGACGCGUGACCUGGUGCCGGGCCGCCCCCAUGGCGUGCACCUCCACCCGAGUACACCUGCUGCAGAAUGCAAACUCCUCCGUGCUGUGUCCAGUGACACGCCUGAAUGAGGGCCAUUGCCCUGUCUAGCUGGGUAAAACAGAGCUAAACCUCCCCGGCUCGGGACAGGUUUCCUCCCUCUGCGCCUCGGCCGCAGCUACACUGGCGGCCAUUUGCUCAGGACCUGCGGCGUGAAGGCAGCUGAUGGAGAGGAAGUCGCAAAAGCCUGUUGGCAGUAUUGCCCUGUCCUGUUACCAACUUUUUGGUCUCUAUUGUCGUAUAGUUUGAAAUUUAGUUUUUUCUUUCCAUCUGCAAAUUAACAUAGGCAGCUGCAAAUGACAUUUGCUUGGUGAAACAGGGAACCACAUGCCAUUUCUCCUCUCUUUGUGUCCCAGUUUGGAGAACUCUGGCACUAUGCCCAGCCUAGACAAGCCAGCGAUGCUUCUGUGUACAGGCAACUCCGAGGGAAGAGGUCUUGGUGCCUCCAUUUACAGAGAAAGAGCAAUGGGAGGCCAACACCUCCCCCAAGGCUUAGCUGAGGGCUCCUAGAUGCUGAUGACACCUAUGCCAGCCAUCUGGACACUGCACCACCACUGCAAAAUAGCACUGCCGCCCGGGCCCAAUGCCGGUCAUGCCCAUCCCGCGGCGGGUGCGCUCCUUCCACGGCCCGCACACCACCUGCCUACACGCAGCCUGCGGACCAGUGAGAACCUCUCACCUGGCCCGCACCAAGUACAACAACUUCGACGUGUAUGUCAAGACCCGCUGGCUCUACGGCUUUAUCCGCUUUCUGCUCUACUUCAGCUGCAGCCUCUUCACAGCGGCCCUCUGGGGCGCGCUGGCCGCGCUCUUCUGCCUGCAGUACCUGGGCGUGCGUGUGCUGCUGCGCUUCCAGCUCAAACUGUCAGUGCUGCUGCUGCUGCUGGGGCGCAGGCGCGUGGACUUCCGCUUCAUGAACGAGCUGCUCAUCUACGGGAUCCACGUGACUAUGCUGCUGGUCGGGGGACUGGGCUGGUGCUUCAUGGUCUUUGUGGACAUGUGAAGGUCCAGCCUCCAUGGGGCUCCUGAUUGGUCCUAUCAAGCCGCUUUCCUUGGAGGGUGGGGCUGGUGGGGCUUUUGCUUGCCCCAUCCCAGAGGUAAGGCCUGAAGCACACACUCCCACUGAGGGGAGGGAGACAAGGGCUGAGACUACUCUGUAAUGGGGACACCACACAGUCUUCCCCGUUGGCUUCUGCGCUACCCUUCCUGUGCACUUUCCCAGACGUACUGUCCCUCUCAGCCUCUUGCCUUGGGUUGCCUGUGUGUUUUCAGGUUGUCCAGUGGGUGGCCCAUCUGUCUUCUCUGCACCUUGAGACUUUCUGUGUGACAUUCUUACCAACAUCAGGCCCAACCAGUGGGACACAAAGGGGUGCCUUUGGGCUGCACGGCCCCUUUCUGUGCCCUGUUCCUGGCUCUAGCCUCAGGGACCCAUCUGGCUACACAGGCAGACACACUGCUGCCACUACUUGCACCUACUCUGAGCUGCUUGAAUCCUAAGCCCAUGGACCACUCUGCUGUCACUGUGGCCGUGUCAGUCUUGAACCCCGAGUCAGGCCUCAGAGUGAUCUUGGUUUGCAUAGGUACAGUCUAGCAGGACAGCAUAUGUGGGAUUGGCUAGUCUCUGAUACAAGGGGACACAGGCACCAACUUGGACUCCAGAGCAGGGACUGGUCCAUGCCCUGGGCAGGUCUGUGUGUCAGGCCAUGCUAGAGCUCUGCAAACUGAGAGAGCCUAGAAAACCACUUCUGCUUGACACUGGGAGGAGUUUUCGCUAUCUCUGAGGGAUGAGGCCUCCAGCAGCCUCCCAGUCUUGGCCAGACCUGUGGAAAACAGGAGCAACUGACUACCCGCUAAGUGGUAUUUACCAGCCCUGGAUGGGCAGCCUGGGUGGGCUAGCUGUACCUUUCUCACAUGCUGUUAGGCCUGGUUCAUGAGAUAAAAGAUGGAGUACCUGACCAUCUUUGGCCUCUGUUAGGGUUGGAUUAUGACUCUCACUGGUGACAAGGGCCUGGGUGGCCAGUGAAGUGCUUUGGUAGCAACUCCAGGGGCAGGAUAUUGAGCAUAUCGUGCUAACACAUGCUUCACUCCAGAUUGUCACCCCACACCCUGGGCAUGGGGGUGGCCCCUUUGACCCUACCCUGCCAAGAAAACCAGUUGUGUUCCACUUAAGAAACCCAAACUGGGAAAGCAAAAGUGUAGGACUAUUGGUCUAGCUCUUUAACUUGUAGCCAGCCAUUGCCAUUGGUCUAGCAAGAGGGCUCUUGGAGGAAGUCUGCCUGCCUCCCAGGAUAGCAAUGAGGUGCCUUCCCCGGGGACCCUGCUGCUGCUUGCUUGCUGCAAAGAAUUGUUUGCACUAACUCCCACUCUUCCCCCAAAGCAGCAUUGUUCUUUGUUAAUUAGCUCAUGUUUCUCUGAGUGGCCCGAAGCCCCAUUUUGCUGGGUGAUAGUGGGUGUGUCAGGGCUGGUGGUGGGAGGGAAUGAUGGGACCUUGUCACUCAUUGCACACCCAGCUGCCCAGUGUCCUGAGUGCCUGUUAAAUUCUUUAUGAGAUGAAUCACCUGCAUUAAACCUAUUUUUUUAAGUGUG